GAUGAUUCUUUGUUGGAUUCAUGAGUGGGUGGUGCUGGUCGUGUGGUUGUUUUUGAGGACUUGAGUUGGUCGAUUGUUGUGAAGGAGGGAAAGAGGGUUUGUGUCCCUAGUUUAAACAGGUCUGAUCCAGGAGGAGGGAUUAGCCCAACCGUAGGUGAUGCUAAAACAGGUCUGAUCCAGGGUGCCGCCAAUGCUGCUCCAACCCAGACUCUUAUUCAUUGGGAGAGCAGCAACGAGGUGGAUAACUUGGGUUUUGUUGUGAUUCCUUCUUUGGCUGAAAGGAACUGCUUUCUGCAUUGGAUUUGAGGGUUUUGGAGGGUUGUGGGCUAAGAGUGUGAGAAGGAAAUACUGGCCUUUGAUAUCUCUCCUUGGGGUGAGCCUAUCAAUGCCCUCUUCCCCUGGUGCGGUUUCGAAGGAGAUGGGUUUUUCUGAAAAAGAAACGUCGAAGUGGGUAAGAAAGAAGAUCAAAAGGAUUUAGCAAAUUUUUGGGCAUGCCAUGUGAUAAAUUGAAAAGGAGAUCAUGGCCCUUUUCGCUUCUAUUGAAGCCAACCACAUUAUGGAUGUUUUGAGCAAGGGUUUUCCUUGUAGAUCUCCUCAAUUGACUCCUAAAGGCUAGAUUGCUCCAUUAAUUAUGCCUAUAAAGGAUCUACGUCCAAGUCUAGUGGUAGAAUAGGGUGGGUAUCUUUUGUUCUUUUAUGUAGCCAAAAAUCAUUUCUUGGAAUGUGAGAGGAUUAAAUGAAGUGAAUAACCAUAUGCAUAUUAGAAAUCUCCUCAGGACAUGGAAGGCGGACAUAGUGACUUUACAGGAGACUAAAUUGGAGUAGUUGUCCAGGAGUAUCGUGCGAAACUUGUGGGGUGGGCAACAUCUAGAUUGGUGUUAGUAGGAUUCUAGAGGGCAUCAAGUGGUAUUUUAGUGAUUUGGGAUAGGAGAAUGGUGGAAAUAUUUGAAGAAUGUGUGGGUAACUAUAUGGUGGCGUUUAAAUUCAAAAACGUUAGUGACUAGUUUGAGUGGGCAUUUGCUAGUGUUUAUGAUCCUAAUUCAGAUGUUGAUCGUCAGUUGUUAUGGGAGGAGCUAGUGGGAUUUUCCUUGGUGCAUUGGGGUUAUUUUAAUGUGACCCGCUUCCCUAGUGAGCGAGCAAGAGAGGCUAGCUUCUCUCUUGCUGCGGAGAGUUCUUGGACUAUAUCUUUGAGUAGGGUCUUAUGUAUAUCACCCUCCAGAGUGGGAAUUUCACUUUGAUCUAAUAAUCAGGAUUCUCCUUCGUGGUCUACAAUCGACAGGUUUCUCAUAUCUCCUGAGUGGGAGGAACAUUUCCCAAACGUUAUCCAUAGCAGAUUACUCAUUGUUCUCUCAGAUCACUUUCUAUUCUUCUUUAUUGUGGCAUUUUUUAGAGGUGCAAAAGUUAUUUGAAAUUUGAAAACACGUGGUUGAGAUCAGAUGGCUUCAUUGAGAAGGUGAGGCAGUGGUGGUCUUCCUAUUGUUUUUUGUGGCUGUCCUAGCUUCGUUUUGGCUCAAAAAUUAAAAGCUUUGAAAGCUGAGCUAAAACUUGUCGAAUGAUACGGAGAAGGUGGAUGAAUGCAUGGGACGGUAUACUUUAGCUGUUUCAUUGCGUAACGCUGAUGAUAAUUUUAUGUGGGCGUUUGGGGGUGUGUAUGGGCCUAAUGAUGAUGGGGAGAGAAGGGUGUUGUGGAAUGAGAUGACUGGAUUGAUGAGUUGGUGGGAUAGACCGUGGUGCUUUGGUGGAGAUUUCAAUGUGGUGCGGUUUCCGAGUGAGCGAUCAAGAGUUAGUGGUUUUUUGCUGCUAUGGAAGAUUUCUUGGAGUUCAUACAUGGGCAGAGUUUGGUGGAUAUUCUUCUCCAAGGAGGGCAGUUCACUUGGUCCAAUAAUCAGAACUAGGUCUCAGUGUGCCGCGAUAAUGGAAAGAUUGAUAGUGAUUGAUGAUGGAUGGAUGGAUCCUUGCGACGCUACUCUUCUUGGGUUGUCCUUUUUUAUCACCAUCUAUUGAGAAUUAUGUUUGACAGUUGUGUAUUGUUGAUGGGAAAAUAAGGGUGCGUGAAUUCAAUUGUGUUGAAUUUUGUAGCUUAGCAAUGGGUUUUGUUACAGCAUUAUUAAUGUCUAAUGUUAAUUAGGACAAUACCAUUGCUUU